CUUUGAUUGGCCAGACCGUAGUAUCUGCGUCUCCUAGCAACGGAGACACCGCAAUACUCGCUGAUACAGACUGCGGGAGACAGUGCCGGAAAUAUCAUGAGUCUGAACUUAGAUUUAAAUGACGAUGAAGAAAACAAAAACACCGGUCCAUCUCUAAAUUCAGAGGACCAGCAAGAACGAAUCCAGGCACGGCGACUCCGUAUAGCUGCUAGAAUAGAAGCCAAGAGACGGGAAGCACUUGGGGAGGAUCCUAAUGUUCACAAGGAUAAGAAGGAAGAGCCCAGAAAGAGCCAUAAGCAGAUUGAGCACAGCAGACAGCGAUUGACCAAACUGUUGAGGGAUGGCACAGAGCUAGUGACUAAUGUUCAGAUAGCAGCUGAUGCCAGGGAGACCCAAAGAAGGGCAGAAGAAGAAGAGCUGAGGAGACUAAGAAUAGAGAAAUUAGAUAAUGAGGCCAAGACAAGCCUGGACAAAUUUGAGGAAAUCACAAAAAAAUGGUUGUCCACUGGAACUAAGAAGAUCCCUCAGGAGCAGUGGGAGUUACUGAACUCUCAGCAGCAGCAAUGCGGCCAACUCAUCGAGGACAAGAACAAGCUCAUUGGCGAGCUGCAACAGGAGCUGAAAAGAAAAGAUGAUCACUACGUCAAGGACCUGAAGAAACAGGCAGAAGACAUUGACAUUCUGAUUGAAAGGAUGGAGGAGCAGAUAAAGAAUUUAAUGAAGACCUACCGGGAGGAACUCCUGGAGAUUGAGAGAGCCUUCGAAUCGGAGAGACGUGAGCUUUUAAACAGUAGCAGAAACAAGUGGGAGAAGGGAAUGCAGGCUCGCAGGGACAAGGAGCUGGAAGACCUGAUGAACCGAAUGAAGAAAGUGGAGGAAUACGAGAAUCAACUAAACCAACUACGGGUCCAGGAUGGCGAGGAAUACAACUUGAUCAAAAUCAAACUGGAGAAUGACGUGCAGCUCCUUCAGCAGCAGCUGCAGCAGAUGAAAGCAACCUACCAGCUAAACCAGGAGAAGCUGGAGUAUAACUACCAGGUGCUAAAGAAGCGGGAUGAGGAAAAUACAGUCACCAAGUCUCAGCAGAAACGGAGGAUUACACGCUUACAGGACGCCCUUAAUAACCUGAGAAUAAAGUUAGACAAGCAAAUAAAACAGUGCAAGGCUGAUAACCAGGCGCUGACAGACGACUUGAAGCGGAUUGUAGAUCAGUACAAGGAGCUUCAGAAGAAAAUGAGGCAUUUCGCCAUAGUGGAUGAAAAGAAAUUCACUGAUAUCUGGCUGAUGAAUGAAGAGGAGAUGAAGGAGCUGGUGAUUCGAGCUCUGGAUUCUGACCGUAUCAUCCAUGAGCAGCAGCUGGGUCUGCCCUGGAAAGCCCCUGACCUUUCAUUCAUGGACAAUGUUGGACCUCUGGUGCGUCAGGAGAAGGUGAAGAAGACAGCCAGCAUGCUGGCGCAGGAAGUGAUGGCAUCGUCAGCAGAUGGUUCCAUGCCGCCACUUGGGGAUGGGCAGAAUAUUAGUGAUGGAGGCAGCCAGGCCGAGCCUUCUCCACCAUUCUCUGCCAGGACAGUGAAACAGAUUCUGGAACUUCUCAGUGAUGAAUCGGGUUUCCUUCUUGAGAGCAAGCUCAUUCAUUUGCUCUCCCCAUUGGAAAAAAACGAGAGCUCUCUCAUAAAGCUGGACUCCAUUUUCGGGGCCCUUGGAAUUGAAGUGGAAGACGAUGUGUACAAACUCGUGGAAUUUUUCUUAAAAUACAAAGAGCAAACGUUAACACAGGAGGAAGAUAGAGAUUCAAAUGAUAGCAGCCCUGAUAGCGAUGCUGGAGAAAGCCAGCCUCAAACCAGCGCCCUUAUCCACCCAAAUGAUGUGAUACGUGCUCUCCGUGCCUUUCUCUUGGAAUGCCGAGUAUCAAGGGAGAAACUCGCACUGUCGCGACUGGCUGGGCUGGAAGAACGUGAUGCAAGUGAGGAUGCGGCUUACUGGUCUGCAGCUGCUCACAUAAUCCCUGAAUCUCGGCUCAAGGUGUGGGAAGCUUUGGAGUCCGCGCUGCAAAAGUAUUAUGACGUCUUGAGCAGCCGAUCACAGCUGAUAAAGGAGACAUCGGGUCUCAGACAGCAGAACACUGAGCUGCGCAUGCUCCUGCACCAGUACCUAAAAUCCAAGGUCAACACAGAACUGGAAAUCCCACCCACUCAGAUGCUUCGAGUCGAGUUUUCCAAGAACUAAACCCAUAUCUCAUUACUAAGGAAGUCUUACAGACUGUCAUCAUGCUUACAUGUGUG